UAUUUUGCCCACUUGUAUUGUGGGGGUAAACAUUGCUGCCACUCAACAACCACCCUCCGAGGAGUCCAUUUUUGGCAUGAUUCUUACCUGGUUGGCGUUGAUGCUGUCUCUAUGGCAGGCAUCAGAAGCAGCCAUGCCAGAAGUUACAGUGGGAGGAUUUAGCAUUAGAUUAGUAAAUGGUUCUGAUGGUGAAGGAAGGGUAGAAGUAAGACGUAAUGCAACAGAAGAAUGGGGGACGGUUUGUAAUGACUAUUGGGACGAUGUUGAUGCCGCUGUUGUUUGUCGAAUGUUUAAUUUUAAAUAUGGCACGGCACAUAGCACAAGCAUAAGCACAUUCCCCAGAGGUGUUGGUCCAAUAAAUAUGGAUAAUGUGGAUUGUAGAGGAAAUGAAACCUCCUUGGUAAAUUGUGCUUUUGCUGGAUGGGGAAUCCAUAAUUGCGGCCAUUAUGAAGAUGCUGGGGUCAAAUGCCUCAAUCAAGACGUUCAAAUAGCAUGGGCUGGUUCUGAUAUGGGUGUUGUGCAGAUAAGAGAAUUAACGGGAUGGAGACAAGUGUGUGAUUCACAAUGGGAUGACCUUGAUGCUAAGGUGGUGUGUAAACAGUUGGGGUACGAUGAUGGUAAAGCCAUGUGCUGCUCCAAGUUGAGUACUUCAUCGGGUUAUUACUACGGCUACCCCAGAUCAUCAUACACCAACUUUAUGUGUACGGGAACAGAACAAUUCCUGAGGAACUGCAGUUAUUCCACCAUCGACAGAAAUUGUAAUAUUUAUAAUACGGCUUCUGUCAUUUGUUACAAACCAGCUGCGUCACAAGCUGACAUGGCUUUUUCUGUCCGGCUACAUAAUGGAUCAUCUGGUGUUGAAAGUCCACAAUGGGGGAUGGUACAAGUUCGUCAUCUUGGCAAAUGGGGUAUUUCAUGUGCCGAUAAUUGGAACGAUACGAUAGCCAAUAUUGCUUGUAAACAAAUGAAUCAUCAAGGUGGUAUAGCUUAUGGUACUACAUCAAGAUAUCAGCCAUUACCAUCCUGGGUUAGCAGCUAUAACUGUACUGGUUCAGAGAGUAGUCUAGAAAAUUGCGUUGAAGAACCAUGGGGUCAGCGAACUGGAAACUGUAUACCAAACGGAGCCAUGUGUUAUUCAUCUGGUCCUCCAAUUUUAAGACUAGUUGGUGGCACUUCUAGAUAUGGUAGAGUUGAAAUCACAAUUAAUGGAGAAACAGGAACUAUAUGUGACAACAGUUGGACGAAUAUCGAUGCUUCUGUUAUUUGUACAAGUCUUGGUUUUGUGGAUGGGUUUGCACUAAAAGGUUCUUACUAUGGAAGUGGAAAUGGCAGUAUUUUAAUGGAUGGGAUGCUCUGCAAUGGCAGAGAAGAUUCUGUAUUUAGCUGUCAGAAUAAAGGAUGGGGAAUAUCCGAUGCAUCGUGCGCAGAUCAUUCAAAAGAUGCAUCCGUUGUUUGUCAUGGUGAAGUACGAUUGCGAAAUGGAGAUCAUUCAAGUGGAAUUGUACAGAUUAAGAAUAGGAGAUAUGGCUACACAACAUGGACAGCACUAUGUGGAACUGGAUUCGAUGAUACCGAAGCUCGGGUGGUCUGUCUUGAGAUGGGCUUUUCAAAUGGUCGACCACUACCUGUAGGUUCUUACGGGAAUUAUUACGGUACACCCUACAUCAGAAACAACAUAGCUUGUACAGGAUCCGAAUCUUCAAUUCUCAACUGCUCUUAUGCUGGAUCUACAUGUUCCAGUUAUUCAUACACUAACUACGCCUCUGUUGCUUGCUUUAAUGGAAGUCUCGAUAAUACGACAUCAGUAACUUUAGAAGGUGGGGUGCCUGCUUACCAAUCUAAAACAGGACGAGUAGUAGUUACUAAACACGGUGUCAAAGGUCGAAUCUGUCAACAGUAUUGGGGUGACUCCGAGGCCAGUGUUGUCUGUAGACAGCUAUCGUUGAGUAACCAGGGUGGUGUAGCUUUUAAGUAUGACCAGAGCGGUAGAGGUCCAUUCUGGUUCUCCGAGGUUAGUUGUUUUGGAAAUGAAACCAUAUUAUCCCAGUGUACGACCGGGCCCGAAGGAUGUUCUUCCAGCUAUAGAGCAGAUGCUGGUGUUCUUUGUUACACAUCAAAUAGAGCACCCUCCCUGUCUUUGGUUGGCGGAACUGCAUCAUCUGGAUCAGUACAGAUAACGUAUGAUAAUGAACGUGGUUAUAUAUGUGCAGAUAAAUAUUUCUAUAGUAAUACAGUUAAAGUUAUCUGUAAACAGAUGGGAUUUAUAGAGGGUGUCAUCCCAAGUUCCAGGACAAAUUUGCCCACAGGAGGAGCGGCAUUUAUGGACAGUCCUUAUUGUCAAGGAUAUGAGUCUUCUGUGUUUCAAUGUCGUAACGCUGGCUGGAGAAGUAAAGCCACCUGUAACAAACAGGCAAACGUCAUAUGUUAUAAACAUGUUAAGCUUGUAGGAGGUAGACGAACAGACAGUACAUACACUGGUCGAGUACAGCUUUAUUUCCGUGAUAGAUGGAGAUCAGUUUGUAGCUCUAUGUUUGAUGACAAUGAAGCCCGUGUUACGUGUAGAGAACUUGGUUUUCUUUAUGGUAAAGCUCUGUCACCUGGUGCGUUUGGUCGUCUUACUAUUCGGAACGGUGUUGGUGGAUUUAAUUGUACUGGAUCAGAAACUUCCUUGGCUAACUGCAGUUUUACUUUUACGUCCUACUGUUAUGGAAGGUAUUCGUACUCCAGUUAUGCUUCCGUGGCUUGCAGCAAUACAAACAUGUCUAAUCGCUUCAGUGUAUCCAUUGGUAACAGCUUCCCAGCCGAAGUUACUAUCAGCAUGUAUGGUAUAAAUGGUACAGUGUGUUCUGAUGGCUGGGGUGAUGAAGAAGCUAACGUUUUAUGUAAACGGAGCGGCUAUAUCUCUGGUAUAGCUCCUGGACCGAGCACGUCAUAUUACUCCAGUACCGUUCCUCGUCUUUUGUCCGGCUUUAAUUGUACAGGAAGAGAAAAUAGCCUAGAGAGUUGUCCCCAUUCUACAGUUAUACCUUCAUCAUGUUCAUCAGAAAGAUAUGUAGUAAGGAUUGUAUGCUUCAAUACGGACAAUGCUAUCCAAAUGAAACUGACUGGGGGAAUUUCUAACAGCCAGGGUAUCGUUAAUAUUAAAAUCAAUGGUCAAUGGGGCACUAUCUGUGAUAGCUAUUUUAGUACGAAUGAUGCCCAAGUAGUGUGUAGACAAUUGGGCUACUUGGAUGGAACGUCCAAAUCCACAUCAUUGUAUGGUAAUGGAACUGGUCUUGUACACUUAAGUAAUCCCAGUUGUACUGGAUCAGAGGGUAAAAUAUGGUACUGUCCGAAUGCAGGAUUCAAUGUUACAACAUCAUUUUGUUUAAACCACAACCGUGAUGCCAGAGUUUCAUGCACAGGAUACGUGCGACUUCAACCCAAUGCAAGGUUUGGUGCUGUUCAGUUGUACGACCAAUCAACCAGAGGAUAUGGUAUGAUUUGUGCCGAGAACUUUACUAAUGUUGAUGCCACAGUAACCUGUAAUGAACUUGGUUAUGAAUAUGGAAUUAGUAUCUGUUGUUCGGCUUUUGGUACACGUUAUGCUUACUACAAUAUCCUCAGAUCCAAGAUAUCAUGCACUGGCCGUGAACCUUCGUUAAUGAACUGUAGUUAUGAAAGUAGUUUAACUUAUUGUCCUACUAGAAAGUAUGCAUCUGUGGCGUGUUCUAGUACUUUACCAGGUGAAGGAUAUGAGUUACAGAUUGGUUCAACAACCCAAGUUUCUAAAGGGCGAGUCCAAGUCACGUAUAUGGGCAUAAAAGGUUACAUUUGUCCUGAUGGAUUUGACGAUAGUGAAGCUACCGUUAUCUGUAAAAUGAAAGGAUUUAACAAUGGUUUUGCUUAUGUGUAUAGAAAUUACUAUGGAUAUUCAGUCAAUAAUAUGAGAUGGCUGUCUAACAUACAGUGUACUGGUACCGAAUCCUCGCUAAACAGAUGUGGUGGAAUGGUUUGGGGUGAUAUCAAAAAUUGCUCUUCGGUUGGUGAUGCCGCUGUUUAUUGUUAUCAAAACACAGGGCUCCAAGUUCGUUUGAACGGAACAAGAAGAGGUUCAGGACGAGUGGAGGUAGCCAUUGAAGGUGUUUGGGGUAAACUGUGUUAUUACUCGUCUUCCUCCAGCUCUAGAAACAAGAUUGCUGAUGUUGUCUGUCGAGAAAAGGGUUUCGAAGGAGGAAUAUUUACCCUAAGAACACGCAACCAAGGCACUGGUCCUGUUUAUAUAACUAAUUUAUACUGUAAGGGAACAGAGAAUUCUCUUAAAGAAUGUGCUAUAACCUGGGGCACGGCGUUUAGGUGUUACCAUGUUAAUGUCAGGUGCCACGGACCAGUUCGUGUUUUGGGAGCUGGGAGUAGACUUGACUAUGGCAGGGUCGAAAUGAAGCAAGACAAUUUGUGGAUUCCUGUUUGUGAUGAUCAGUUUACUGAUGAAGCAGCCCGUGUCGCAUGCAAGGAAUUGGAUUACGCAGACGGUAAGAUGCAGUGUUGUAACGCAAUUGGUCAGUUGUCUUAUUCCAGUACCAAACCAAAUAUCACCAUCACCAAUUGUACUGGAACUGAGUCAAGUCUUACGGAAUGUCAGUAUACGACAGGGGUCUGUGCUUCGGGACAUUACGUCACUGUAUAUUGUUCAGCAACACCAAUUAAGGUCGGAAGUAUAGUAGUGAAGAUUGACUAUCCAAUAUCAAAAGGUGUUGUAAAUGCGUCGAAGUAUGGUUUCUAUGGACCAGUAUGUAAUUUUGGGUGGACAGACGCAGAAGCUAAUGUUACAUGUAAGCAAACAGGUAAACUUGGUGGUGUUGCCGUGUAUACAACAACACGUUCCAGUCAACCAAUGGUACUAGGAGGAUAUAACUGUUCUGGUAAUGAAGCUAGUUUAGAUAAUUGUAGUUCCAAAGGUUUUGGUGAAGAUAAAGGGUGUUCUUCUGCUAGUUCUUAUAGAAGACCAGCUGCCGGUGUUCUGUGUUAUAAUAAUGGAGGUAUUGGUAUUCAGUUGGUUAAUGGUACGUCAAGAGCAGGUCGAGUAAGGAUAUUAUAUGAGACGACCUGGGGGCGUGUCUGUCAGACAUAUUUGAGUUCGUCAACUGCUAAUGUGGCCUGUCGUCAGUUAGGAUUCAAUGGUGGCUCUAUAGAUCGCUCCUAUUCCACUAGAAUUCCGUAUGGUCAGCUUGGUAAAGUAUGGAUGAAUGGAGUAGGAUGUUCAGGAACAGAAUCCUCACUAUUCCAGUGUAACAGCUACAGUUGGAACCCCAGUACAUAUAGUUAUAGCUAUAGUUAUUCCAGAUGUUAUGAUCUUGGUGUAAACUGCUACAAUGACGUUCGGUUAACAGGUGGGGAUGGUAUAUCCGCUGGAUCGCUGCAAGUCUAUUGGAACAACAACUGGGGACAUGUCUGCGAUCACAAUUGGUCUCCAACAAAUACAAGAGUAGCCUGUAAAGAGUUGGGUUUUGAUGAUGGCGUCAUGGCAUGUUGUGGAGCUUUCAGUGAUUCAGGAUCAGCUAUAAUGGAGAAUGUAAAAUGUACUGGUUCCGAAAGUCGACUACGAGAUUGCCCUCAUGGUAAUCCUCAUUCCAGAAAUUGCUACGCAAACAAUGUAGGAUUAGUUUGUUAUAAGGGAACAAAACCAACAACCUACACGUGGAGUCUCGGUGGUGGUAAUAAUUAUACGGGAGAAGUAAUAGUUAAUUAUUUGGGUACAAAUGGUAGUAUAUGUUCCGAUGAUUGGGAUGAUAAUGAUGCUAGAGUAGCUUGCAGAGAACUGGGUUAUAGACAUGGAACAUCAUAUAAUCAUUUUAGAUAUAAUUUUUAUUAUUCCUUUAAUGGGGUUUACUGGAUAAGUAAAGUGGCCUGUACUGGUUCAGAAAGAAGUCUUGCAGCUUGUCCAACAACUAUAGCAUUGGGUGAAGUUAAAACAUGUGUAAAUAGACAUGUAGCUGGAAUCCUCUGUACUGAUAUCUCAGGUAUUUACUAUAGAAUAGCUGGUGGAGCACAAGAUAAUAUAGGAAGGGUUGAAGUAUCUGUGAAUGGAGUGUGGGGUUCUAUUUGUCGAUCGUAUUUUUAUGAUCGGGAAGCCAGCAUCUUCUGUCGAACUCUGGGCUACAAUGACGGAAGGGCACAGCGAAAACAAUAUCCGAACCCUGCUGGACCAGUUUAUUCAUCGUCUUUCCAGUGCACUGGAGAUGAAUCACAAUUGGCAGAUUGUCCACACACUGGGUGGAAGAAAGCGUCUAUCAAUACAAAUUAUUAUUGCAGGAAUCACAGAAUUGAUGCUGGAAUUGUCUGUUAUGAAGAUGUUCGUUUGGCGAGUAGUUUUGCACCAAGUGAAAAAGAGGGACCAAUUCAAUUCUAUGCUAAUGAUACGUGGAAUUUAGUUUGUGAUACUGGAUUUACUGAUCUAAGUGCCAAAAGAGUUUGUCAGGAUAUUGGUUUUAUUGAUGGAAGAGCUGUAUGUUGCUCGGCGUAUGGUUCCAACUAUUUCUGGGACAACGGCGGAUUAAUUCUAAGCAACAUGAGUAUGGUAUGUUCAGGUGCUGAAUCUAGUUCCAUGGAUUGCUUACAACCAACAGUCUGUGAAUCUCAGAGUUAUGCUUCUGCCAUCUGUUUUAAUUCUACUGAUAUAAUCGAUGAAAGCUACCAGUAUCAACUUGAUUUGCGAAAAGACACGCGUGGUAUGAUUGAUGUCUAUCACUACGGUACCAAGGGUCGGAUCUGUAGCACAUUCUGGGAUGAUACCAAUGCUAAGGUUUUUUGUAAAGAACGUGGAUUCCGGGAUGGUAUAGCAUACCAAUCACCUUACUCGACAUAUGCUUCACUUGAUGAUCGUGGUCCUUAUUGGACGAGUGCUAUGAAUUGUACAGGAGCUGAAUCUUCAUUGUUAAACUGCUCAUUUAACGACAGAUUAAACUUGGGCAACUGCUCCACGGCCGACGCAGCAGCAGCAGCUUGUUUCAAUGACACUACAGGAAUUCAGUACCGACUAGCAAAUGGAACCAGCAAUCUGAAUGGCAGAGUAGAAAUCAGUGUAGGCGGUGUUUGGGGAACAGUUUGUGACUAUUACUGGGAUAACAGAGAAGCUGGUGUUAUGUGUCGUCAACUUGGUUUCUCCGAUGGUUAUGCUAUUUCCAAUGCUCAUUAUGGACAGGGUACUGGGCCAAUAUGGCUAAGUAAACUUCGAUGUAAAGGAACGGAAACCGAAUUACAUAAAUGUCCGCAUGCUGGAUUCAGUAGCGAAGUUAUAGAUAGUAAUUCCUAUAGAUAUGCGACAUGCAAACAUCAUGCUGAUGAUGCUUCUGUUUAUUGUGUAGAUAAAGUUCGGCUAAACCUGGGUAUGAAUAGUAAUAUGGGCGCGGUUGAAGUAUAUUAUGGUAAUCGGUGGGUAACUGUUUGUGAUGAUGGUUUCGAUCAAAUCGCAGCACAGAUUGUAUGUAGAUCUCUGAAUGUCACCCAUGGUGUGAAAAUAGCAGGAUCUAGCUUCGGAAGAUCAAGUCCUAUAGGUGUCGUUAAUGUGACAUGUUCUCCUACACAAGGAAAUUUUUCUCACUGUAAACAAACAUAUACUGGAACAUGUACCAGUGGACGAUAUGCUUCAGUGAUUUGUAGUCAAACACCUAUAGUUGAUAAUGGGUUUAAAUUGGAGCUUCAGAAGGAUACAACUGGGAAUGUAUCAGGUUACUUAAAGGUACAACUUAACGGUGUAUGGGGAGGUGUGUGUUCAGCAGGAUUUGACAAUAAGGCAGCUACUGUAGCAUGUAAGCAGUUAGGUUUCAAAGGUGGUGUACCUUAUAAUCCAAGGCUCUACGAGCGCCAUACCAGACCUAUUCUGAUGACAGACAUUAAGUGUACUGGUUCAGAAAAAUCUUUUGAUUCAUGUAUUCACUCUACUACAUCUAAUAACUGGUGUGAUUAUUAUUCACCAAGAGCUGGAGUCCUGUGUUACUAUACAGUUAACGGCAUUCAGUAUCGUUUAGCUGGUGAUAACGACACAAGUCGAGGAAGACUGGAAAUGAGUUAUGAUGGACAGUGGGGAGCAUUGUGUGGCUACACCAACGAUCCAAACAUUAGCAAAGUGAUUUGCAAGGAAACUGGCCACGUGGAUGGUAUUAUGGUGUCUGGUGCCAAAUACAGAAUUAGCAGUCAUUACUGGUUUACGGGACUCUAUUGCCGUGGUAACGAAACCGCAAUUACUAUGUGCCGGAAUAAUGGUUUUAACAAUUCUCAUCGCUGGGUAUACAGCUGCCUAUAUUAUGGAUCCGUGGCUGUACAGUGCUAUAAUUCGCCAAUCAAACUGACCAAAGUUCGACUAGCCGGAGGUGAAAACAAUUCUGGAAGAGUAGAAGUUUAUCUAGAAGGUCCAAAUCAGUGGGGAACAGUCUGUGGUAAUUCUUGGUCAAACGAUGAUGCGUCUGUCGUCUGCAGGCAACUUGGCUUUGCAACAGGGACUGCCGUUUUAAGAGCGCAAAUCUUUGGGCACGGAACAGGUCCAAUAUGGUUGGAUGAUGUUGGUUGUAUAGGAACAGAAAUGGACAUUAAAGACUGUACAAAUAGUGGGUUUUCUCCUCGUGAUUGUCAUCAUAAUCAGGAUGCCGGUGUAGUCUGCAAUGGUACUUACGUUCCCCAGACAUCAACAAUUACUAUACCAUCAAGUAAAACAGCUACUACUAAAGGAAGUCAAUCAACGAACACUUACGUUCCUUCGACAUCAACAGUUACAGAAAUAACCCUUACUAAAGCAGGUAUGUCAAAGAGCAAGCUGAAUGGUUCAUCAACGCCUGGAAAAACAGCAUCCAUUGUUGUUCCUAUAAUUUUGGUUUUAGUUGUUGCUGGUGCUGUUGUGGGAAUUUGUUAUUACAAACGUAGGAAUAGGGAUUCUGGUUUAACAGAAGAACUUGUUCCUGAGUCAGAAAGUGGCGGUGUCCGUCUCGGUAAGAAUAUUGCAUUCUUCUCUAAAUUUCGUUCAAAUCAACCAUCUAACGACGACAUUGACAUAUCUAAUUCAACCUAUGACGAGGUGAAUGCUUAAUUGUUUUCAUAUUUUAUUUUUUUCAUAUUUUAAUUAUUUUGUAAUUUUUGAGAUACGUUAUAAAUUGUUUGUUGUAUUCUUGUUUUGUUUAGCAUGCUUACACAAAUUGUUAGUCUAUUAUUGUAUUUACUUGCUGUACCUCCUUCCUUAUUUAUCCAACCGUUAUAAUUAAUUCAAAAUAAAGCGGUCCGAACCAAUAGCCUGAUCAGUGCUUAUAGACAUACAUUGGCUUCCGGUUAAAUUCCGAAUUUCUAACUUAUCUUUUCGUGAACUGUAAAAUAGCUCCAAAAUAUCUUAAAGACUCACUGCAGUCUUACACAUUCUUCUCGAAAUCCCAAGAGUAGCUACACAAUCUGGUUAAGGAGUCUUCUCACAUACUGCUCCGACAUUAUUAAACAAACUUUCAUAUAAAAGGGUAUAGCUCAAACUAUGCAAUAUGUUAGAGAAAUCUUAAAUCUGAACUUAAACAUGUUGCUAAUAGUCUGUCAUAUUAUUUAAACAUGUGCUUAUAUUAAUCCCAUAUUACGUUACUAUUUGUUGAUUUUAUUUAUUUGUGUAAAUUUAAUGCCGAUGUGAGCUAUUGUUGUAUUCUAUUUAGGAAAAUGUUAUUGUAGCACCACUGAGCAGCUAAAUUUCGUUCAAAUCGACCAUCUAACGACGACAUUGACAUAUUUAAUUCAACCUAUGACGAGGUGAAUGCUUAAUUGUUUUCAUAUUUAAUUUUUUUCAUAUUUUAAUUAUUUUGUAAUUUUUAAGGUACGUUAUAAAUUGUUUGUUGUAUUCUUGUUUUGUUUAGCAUGCUUACACAAAUUGUUAGUCUAUUAUUGUAUUUACUUGCUGUACUGCCUUCCUUAUUUAUCCAACCGUUACAAUUAAUUCAAAAUAAAGCGGUCCGAACUAAUAGCCUGACCAGUGCCUAAAGACAUACAUUGGCUUCCGAUUAAAUUCCGAAUUUCUAACUUAUCUUUUUGUGAACUGUAAAAAAUAGCUCCAAAAUAACUUAAAGACUCAAUGCAGUCUUUCACAUUCUUCUCGAAAUCCCAAGAUAGCUACACAAUUUGGUCAAGGAGUCUUCUCAGUCUCACAUACUGCCCCGACAUUAUUGAAUAAACUUUCAUAUAAAAAGGUGUAGCUCAAACUAUGCAAUAUGUUAGAGAAAUCUUAAAUCUGAACUUAAACAUGUUGUUAAUAAGCUGUCAUAAUUAUUUAAACGUGAGCUUAUAUUAAUCCAAUAUUACGUUACUAUUUGUUGAUUUUAUUUAUCUGUGUACAUUUAAUGCCAAUGUGAGCUAUUGUUGUAUUCUGUUUAGGAAAAUGUUAUUUUAGCACCACUGAGCAGCUAUACCUGCUAGUGUGCAUGUGCACUUUUCAAAUGUAUCAAAUUAUUAUUAUAAAUAAACUCAUAGUUUACUAAAGCCAUCUUAUUCUUGCCAGGCCAACUUUUCUCUUAAAUCGCUCUGGUGUCUUUGGAAUUUGUAGUCUACAGCUAAACAUCUGGCCCGUCUGGGUUGUUAAAGGACAUGUAGAUGUAACAUGUCAAUACUAUAUGUUUUUAUUCGAAUGCGUUCCGGAUGAUGUGUGGGAUUAACCAAUGAAACGGUCUGCUACGGCGAGAGUUUUUGGCGUGAGGUGCUCUGAACUGUGUGUAACCUACUAGAAGCAUCUCAACGCUGAUUGGUUAAUCAAAUGUCUGACAUCAUCGGGUUAAAAACCGCUCGUAUGACCUCUGAGGCGACCCUCAUCUACAUUUAUGUGCCUCCACACAUCAAUCUGUCCACCCGUGACACAGGGAGGAAACCUGCUUUACUUGCUCCCGCGCAGUGCACAUUUCCGUUACGAGCACUUACGGUGUAAGCAAAUACGCUUCGAAACGAAAACUGUUGACAGAUUGAUCUAACAGUCAUAAUAUCAAUAGGGAGAGUUUCGUACGUUGUAACAAUGUCUGCACAUGGUCAGACCGUCGUAGAGAAAUGAAUUAAAAAUGCGUAUUAUUCGUUUCGAAAUAUAUCAGUGGAUUGGUCUUAAACUUGCAUCCUGCUUUCGUGACCUUGGCAUUUGAUUUACUCGCAGGUUUCAAUGGAAAUAAUGCGUAGCGAUCUCUUGAAUUUCGUAGUUUUAUGGUAUUUUGGAUAUCAGAAACUAUUGAGAAUUGUCACAAACAUAUGAUAUUUGUAACUCAAACGUCUAAUCUAGGCUCUAAAUUUUUGUCGAAUUUGAAAUGUCAUCCCCAUAGACCCUUUAAAUGAUACUUUGAAAAUGCCUAAACGCCUGUCUACUCAAUUCAAACGAUGUUUUCCCAAGAUAAAAUAGCUUUAGCUCCUAAAACUUCUCUUAUUUAUGUUAUUUUAUUAACGUUAGCCUUCAUUAAAGAUACAUUAUGGGAGAUUAGAUAAAGAGCUGGCAGUUCUCACUAUAAUAGUUAAAAACUAGAUAAUGUAAAGGGAAUUUGCUGAAAAUUUCAGUCAAAUUGAUCCACUCAUGAUUAAAUUAUGAAUGGAAGUUGAACAGCAAAUCGGAACCUAAUCCAAUAAACACCGUAGGCUAGCAAUGACAUCGAGAGUUGAUUAUGGUCUGGAUAAGUUAAUUAAUGUCUAAUUAAUAACAAUCUGGUUAAAACACAGAUCCUAUUUCGUUUCGUUUUUAUAGUUCAAAAUUUCGUUUUACUUGUCUUACUACACUAGAAUCUGGAAGAGUUGUUAUCAUUGACGUGUUCUGAAUGAUGUGAGGGAUUAUCCAAUGAAACGGUCUGUUACGGCGAGCGUAAGGCGUGUUUUGCACGAAACUGUGGGUAAUCCACUAGUAACAGCAAUGAUGAUUGGUUAAUCAAAUGUCUGACGUCAUAGGGUCAAAAGCUCCUCGUGUGACCUCUGACGCGACCUAUCGCAACAACUGGUCAGAUCUUCAUGUAGUAGAGGCUAUCGAAAGUAUAAAAAAACGAAACGAAAUAUAGAUCUGUAUUUUAAUCAGAUUGAAUUAAUAAUUUAGAUAACAUUUCAGGCCUAAAGAAAAACCUGCAAUAGGCAGAUUUGGCUCUUGCAUAAUGUAUGUUUAAGAAAUAAUAAUAAAUUUAUGAUAUUAAAAAUUUAAUUUCAAAUAGGCCUAUAACAUUUUUCAACAAACACAUUUGAGGUUAUUGAUUUAUCUGUUUACAAAUCAUCAUAACCCCCAAAACAUAUGAGUAAAUACUAUACAUAUACCAAGAAAUUGGCCAUUUUAAACACGAAGAAAUUUUCUUUAUAGAUAGAAGUGCUCUUCUGUCCAUGCCAUUACAUAUGAAGUGAUUUUAAUUUAUUGUUUUGUUGGUGUUUUUUGUUUUUCUUUAGUUUUAUUGUCUCUUAUUUUUUUUGAAAAUAGUAUAAUUUAUACUUGAAUCAUAUGGUAAUAUAUAAAACAAUAACAAAGGG